AUGGCGUCCUGUGCCAUUACAGAGACAUUCCAUCGGGUUGCUACGCAGCCCGGUUCUGCGGCUAAGACAUGGGAUAGGGAGGAAUUAAUUAAAUGCCGUGCAAUAGGAACUAGAAUCGCAACAGGGGCCAAUCUGCAAGGUCAAGCCCAUCCUAUAUUUUCUAACUGGGUCGGCCUCACAUCAGAAAUACAGAAAGACCUUGAGCAACCUAUUCUACUGGCAAGUAGAAUUCUCGAAGCAUGUGGUCUCCCCUGGUUGUCCGAUUUUCUAACCGACGACAUAUUCGACGAGAACUACCCAGGAAAAGAGCCCGGCCACUUCUCUAUUUCUAUACCCGGAAAUGAGAAUCACGAAUGCCCUCAUUCAAUCGUGAGACAUGAUCGAGUGUACCGGGCAACUCGACAAAAGAGAGGUGAAUGGAGAGCCGCCGCACAGGAUGCCCUCCAAUAUGAUCUCCCGAAUUUGAUACAAUGGCAAAUAGAUGAAGACAUAUUCCACGAAAGGGGCUGGAUUGGGUACACUUGUCGUCACCCCAGAGGCGACCUGCCACUGAGCGAGAUAGAUAGCUACGAGACUAUCGAAAAAUUCGAUAACGUCUAUUUACACAGUGGCUCCCGUAACUUAACGAUUCUCGUUACAGCUGAGUAUCCUGCCCGCUUGGCCGAGCUAUGCCGCCAAGGCAAGGCGCAAAGCGAGGAAUAUCUGCUUACCGCGUUCAUGGCCACGGUGACGAUCCUGCACGAACUUGGCCACGCCAUCUACUGGAAAGACCGUCGUUCCUUGACUCGAGAUCUGCGCGAGCCAUUCUACGGUGCCGAUCUAGAAAUGGAACUUGGCGAUAGCUUCGUCUCUUCCAUAUUCGGGGGAUGGGUCCCGGUACCUGUACGCGAGAUGCAGAGACUGCGGGAGGAUUUCAGCUUUGCAGAUGGUCUCGCGUGGCGACAGGCUCUGAAUUGGGAUCAUCAUCGCGUGCGGCCAAAGUAUCGCGCACAUUACUCUAUCUCCGUGGACUAUAUUGCCCGCCUGUUCAACGAAGCAGGUUGGUCGUCGGUACCAAACAAGCCCAUGGAAUUGGUCCGUCCGAAGUUCUUGACUGGAAACAGCAUUGCAUUGCGUACAGUGGGGAUAUACGCGCCACUGGCGCAGUCAAACCGGCACGCAACGGCUGCCAUCGCGGAUUUCCACUGUCACGCCGACGGCUGGGCUUGGAACCGAAGGCCUGGUGCUUGGUUUCGAAUACCGCAGUAUGAGGGCUGCAUGUAUCCGGAACUUGAGCUGCCUACGGCAGGGGAAGAUACGAUUUGCCCACCUAUGGCUACAGUAACCAGGAACACGAUAACUGCAAGGGACUCGAUCCUAUAUACCGGGUCCCAAACAGCAAUGAGGGGUAGAAAAGAAGAAGAAGAAGCGACAAUAUUGAAGACGGCGACGGCUAGGAGGGCUGAAACAAGGACAGAGACAGCACUACGGGUGGGAGGCGAAGAGACAUCAGUACUACUAUCACGAACAUUGACGAGGACUGUGAUCGUAACAGGUCCACUGAGGCUGAAGUUGAGCCCACGAAAGAGUGAAUGCAGCCCUAGGAAAUUCGCGCGUGGAAGUCCAACUCCGAAGAUCCUGCGGCCCGUACCAAGUGGAUCACCAGUUCUAGAACAUGAUACCGACUUGCGCAUAUCGCGAAAACGGGAUAGCGCAAUAUCGUUGCCACUGGUCUAUGGCAGAGCCUCCGAAGGCGAGUUACAGCGGAAGCAACGACUGCCUUCCACCUCGCCGGAGCAGAUCCAAGGGCAGAGGCAGCCCCAGCACGUGAGAGUCAUACAUCCGGCACAGCCGCGACCAUUACGGCGGUUGCGCAAUACUCACGGAGAAGAGGGGCACAAAGAUAUCUCAUCUGCCGAAAGCAGCAGCGACGACGACGACGACGACGAAGAGGAUGACGUUGAAGGCCACGACGAGAUCUCCGUCGACGAGCUCAAGAAGCGACUGUCGCAACUCAUUGGCCUCUCGUUGAUGGAGCUGGAGAAGUUGCUGGAUGGAUCGCAGACUAGGCCUGCUGCUGUUGCCGCUGCCGACGACGUUGAGUAA